GACUUAUCCAAUUAAGUUCGUUAACAAACAAAACUAUUAUAAGUCCCUUCGGCCGCAAUUUUCACUUUAUAUUAUCCGGUGAUGGUUUGUUUCCAAAUUUGAUUGUUCUCUCCAUACAACAAUCUCUCCCCCCUGGUCUGUAAAACCAAACUGAGAUUCAUCAGCCAUGGCCUUGUCUUCCUGGUUCUCUCGCUUACGUUCUUCUUCAAAACCCAUUUACAGUAAUCUUAGAAACUCAGUUUUGCCUAAACACAGGGCUCAUUCACAUAUCACCGAGGUUCUCAACUCGGAGAAAAAACAAACGCCAAUCCUCUCAUGGGUUAGCUCUUUGUUUCCCAUAGUUCUUGCUGUCUCUGCUGGAUCACUUACCCUCCAGUCGCAAAACAACCCAUCACUCUGUGAUUCCUCCAAUCUUGAUCAUAGAGGUAUGAAGUUUGGGGGCGAAGAUAGCACAGAUUAUGACGUGAAGGGUUCUCAUAGGAAGCUUCCACAAGGACUUAUUGAGGAAUUGAAGGCCAUCUGUCAGGAUAAUAUGACAAUGGAAUAUGAUGAGAGAUACUUCCAUGGAAAACCACAGAACAGCUUUCACAAAGCAGUUAACCUCCCCGAUGUUGUUGUUUUUCCAAGGUCUGAAGAGGAAGUGUCUAAGAUAGUCAAAUCUUGUGAAAAGCAUAAGGUCCCAAUUGUGCCAUAUGGUGGAGCUACAUCCAUUGAGGGUCACACCUUGUCUCCUAAUGGUGGUGUUUGCAUUGACUUGACUUUAAUGAAACGUGUUGUAUCAUUACAUGCUGAGGACAUGGAUGUGGUUGUUGAGCCUGGAAUUGGAUGGAUGGAGCUCAAUGAAUAUCUGGAGCCUUAUGGUCUAUUCUUUCCUCUCGAUCCAGUUGAAGCUGUGUCAGUGAUCUCUCUGGAGAUUGGGGUUGUGGGUGAGAGGGUGGGUGGCUUGGAUGGUGAGGCAGCAACAAGAGGGCAAAGUACUUUGGUUUGA